AGGUAUUCUUUCAUUAUGCAUCUUUACGGCAUUGCUCUUGAUCACUGUCCAUCCCAUGGCAUCUUGUUGGUCUCACAUCCAGGCAGCCUUAGAAUCUGGCAGGCAAAUCUAGCAACGAUGCGUAUGCAACAUUCAGCAAUGAUGCUGUUGACAUUGUCAGCUGGAAUGGUAAUGCUCACAUGUACAUCAAACACAGACUAUACGUGGAACAUGCAAGUACAUCUUGUAAUCUCAGGGAAUUAUGAUAGCGAAAUGUUAUGUGAUAGAAUGCCGAUAGAAUUUAAAGAUGUUUCGACACGCCAACGCAGGUCAUCCCGUCGUUCUCGUUCCAUGUCUCAGUCUUCAGCAGACAGCUUUAGCUCGGGUUCUUACAGUGACAGCUCAUCCGAUGAUGACACAUCUCCAAGGGAUAGAAUCCAGAAAAAUAGCAAAGGCUUCUCAGAUUUUUGCGUGAAAAACAUAACCCAGGCAAACUUUGGUCGUAGAGAAAUUGAAAUAGCUGAACAAGAAAUGCCUGGGUUGAUGUUACUGCGGAAGAGAGCCGAGGGUGACAAACCAUUGAAAGGGGCCAAGAUUAUUGGAUGUACACACAUAACUGCGCAAGCUGCGGUGCUAAUAGAAACACUGUCUGCUCUGGGAGCCAAUGUAAGAUGGUGUGCAUGCAACAUAUUCUCAACACAAAAUGAGGUCGCAGCAGCCCUGGCUGAGGCAGGAUAUUCCAUUUUCUCCUGGAGGGGUGAAUCAGAGGAUGACUUCUGGUGGUGUAUUGAGAAGUGUAUAAUAGCCGACGGAUGGCAACCAAAUAUGAUCCUGGACGACGGUGGGGACGCAACACACAUGAUGCUGAAGAAAUGCCCAGAAACCUUCAAGUUAAUCAAAGGUAUUGUGGAGGAGUCUGUAACAGGGGUGCAUAGGCUGUAUCAGCUGUCUAAGUCAGGCAAACUAAGUGUACCUGCAAUGAAUGUCAACGAUUCCGUCACCAAGGUUAAAUUUGACAACCUGUAUAGUUGCCGUGAAUCCAUUCUGGAUGCGCUGAAGCGAACCACAGACGUGAUGUUCGGUGGCAAACAAGUGGUUGUUUGCGGGUACGGUGAAGUCGGAAAGGGCUGUUGUGCUGCCCUCAAGGGUCUUGGUGCUAUUGUUUACGUCUCAGAAAUUGACCCCAUCUGUGCUUUACAAGCCUGUGUGUUCCCAGUACUAAAAACAAUGAUCUUGUUAAACUGAUUGUGUAUUUUCUUUAAAUGUGUGCUAGGUAAUAAAAAAAUUGUGUGCCGCCAACACCUGGAUCGACUUAAGAAUGGGUGUAUUGUGUGCAAUAUGGGACACUCUAACACAGAGAUUGAUGUGGCUAGCCUUCGUACACCAGACCUGACAUGGGAGAAGGUUCGCUCACAGGUUGAUCAUGUUAUUUGGCCAGAUGGCAAGCGAAUCCUACUUCUGGCACAGGGACGUCUGGUGAACUUGAGCUGUUCAAGUGUUCCCUCAUUUGUGGUGUCUAUCACAGCAACAACCCAAGGCCUAGCUCUCAUAGAACUUUUUAAUGCUCCCAAAGGACGCUACAAGCAAGAUGUCUACCUACUACCAAAGAAAUUGGAUGAAUAUGUUGCUAGCCUUCAUCUACCAUCAUUCGAUGCUCAUCUAACUGAAUUAACUGAUGAUCAAGCCAAAUAUCUUGGCCUUAAUAAGUCUGGACCAUUCAAGCCUAAUUACUACAGGGGCGCUAUGCCAACCACUCGACGUAACAUCCGAAACCUGAUCGACCAUUGGGAGCGACUAAGCUCGUGCAGUAGCGAAGAUUUUGACGACUUUUGAAACACCUUGUAAAAACUGUACAUAGGCCUACUUAUUAUUAUUCAGGUACUAAGAUAACCAAGAGAUGAUGGCUGAUGCUGAAUAACAAAUAUAUGAAGUGUAAUAACAUUUUAAAAAUAAAUAUUAUUGAACAAAAUUUUUAUGGCUAAUUUUACUGUCAAUCCAACACCUGAACCAGAUGCUGAUUCAGUAUGCAUGGUUGACAGACAUUCUCUGGAGAUGUCCGUAAACUGAUAAUCAAUGGUUUAAUUAAGACCUUUGACGUGUACGAUGUUCAAUGACGUCAUGUUUAUAUUUGUUAACUUGUGUGUUACAUGCGUGACCAUAAUAGUAUAGUGGAAAAACGGUGUCUAAUAUAUACUGUAAUUCACAAUUUGUAAGAGUUAAUGACUUGAUGACAUUACAUUUGUUAGAGGGGUCCCAUGUUGGAAGAAAGCCUAUCCGGGAUAUCUGGUUGAAUGAGCUCUGAACAUAUUUUAUUUUAUUUUUCUGAGCACGGCAAUACCCAAUCGGCACUGACUUCCGUGAGAAAAUUGAUAACAAGUAGUGAAAACAUGCAAAUUGUCAUAAAUUUUCGGGAGGUGGGUUUCUUUCCGGGAGAUUCUUGCUUUGCAUACGGGAGUCGUGGAGGCUGUCCCGAUUUCCGGGAGACUCCCGCGACUUUUGGGGGGACAUUAUGACCCCUGUUUCUUACGUUCUACCUGACCAAAGUAAUUUACAGAACUAAAAAAGAACUAAACUGUGUGAUGUGUCUAUAUUUUUAUGCAUAUGUUGCUUAAGUACAUAUGCCGUAGUAAUCCGUUCUACCCAUGCAUUGAUUUAUAGUUUUUUGUAAUCUUCAAUAUUAUUUGGAGGAUAUUUGUCUAACAAGCAUCAUUCAUUAAUGUUAAUUUAACACUAUAAAUGAGAGUUAAUAAGCUCUAUAUAAAUUAAAGGAAUAAGUUUAAGGCUGAGUGUAAGUAGGUUAAGUGUGAGAACAAAAUAAAAUAUAUGCUAUACAUUUGCAAAAAUCAUUAUGAAUUAAUAAUGCAAAAUGUAUUUGAAAAUAAGAGAUUAAUAGAGAUGUAUGGUAAUCAUUCUGAAUUACUGUAUACUGGAGCUUUAUCGAUGUAACUAUAUACAUUUUUGAUGAAGUAAAAUCAUAAUAGCAAUACAUUUCUGCCACCUGUUCAUCAAAUUUACUUUUAUUCUCUUGAAUAUGAAUACAGGCGAGAUUCAAAAAGUACAUCAUCAAUAUACAGAUGCACGUUAUAAAAUCAGGUGUUCUUAAAAUCAGGUGUUGAAUACUGUACAUAUCAGGUGCACGCCUGAAUUGUGCACGCUUUAAAGUAAAUUAACAUGUGCACUACACGAGUACAGGUGUGAAUAGCCGGGUGCAUGUUUCAAUAAAAUUGUAUAUUACUGUAAUAUGAAAUCUAUUGCACAGAUGAAAGUGCAGGUGCACUUUAUGAAAACAGGUGAUUUACCUCCAGGUGCAUGUUUUAAUUGCAGGAUACAAUGAUUGUGCAGGUGCACAUUAUAUACCGAUGCAUGUUUGGCUGUGUGGUGCGCCUACAAUGCUGGGACAUUACACAAGCUGAUUGAAUAAAUUUGCAUUGAUAAUGCAGGUGUACAUUUAAAUGCAAAUUAAAUAACAUUCAAUAAAAGGUCAACAAUGACAUUAAAA